AAAGCGCAGAUGCUACUCGACUUUUUAGCCCAAAAAUGGAAACUGGCAGGUGAUGCUUUUGGGACAGUGCACAUGAUUGAACUGCCAGAUUAGAUUAAAGUAGCAGUGCCAGUGAAGAAGAUCACUCCUCAAUCGAUCCAAGACAAAAAAAAGAUUGUUGGUUUUCAACCUGAAAUGAAAUCUUUCAAAAUCAAAGUAGGACCUCAAAUUCAUUCAAAAUUAAGUAAACCAAAGGAGCGAGUGUAAAGGAUCCAGGCGGGCGAACCGAAUUUUAUCGCAUGUAACAAACUUCUCAGGUGACACUAAUACGCAACAAAACCCAAAGAAGGUAAAAACUAAAAGGCCAAUUGGAAAUUUUAGACAGGUCUUAUAUAAAGAUUUUCAAAUUUUUGAAAUAAAAGAGAUCCUUGUGAAGAAGUUGUUGAGUCCUACGUAAGCAAGUGGGUGACAGGGAGAAAGAGAGAGAUGGGAGAGAAGGUUAAGAAAUGGCUUGUUUCGUCAAAAGCGAUAGUGAGCAUGUUGAUGGUGCAAGUGUUUGCAACAGGAGUGCAACUACUUGCCAAAGUAAUCCUCAACAAUGGAACAUUCGUGUUCGCACUCAUGGCUUAUCGCCAUGUCGUUGCUGCUCUUUGUGUUGCGCCAUUUGCUUUGUACUUUGAAAGAGGUAUCACAGAAAAGCUAAGUUGGCUGGCUUUCUUUUGGUUAUUCCUCAGCGCUUUAUCUGGGAUCUCAUUGGCUAUGGGAUUAUUUUAUUACGGUGUUCGGGACACAACAGCUACAUAUGCUGUCAACUUUCUCAACUUAGUUCCAAUACUCACUUUUGUCCUCUCCACAAUUACGAGAAUAGAGAAAUUGGGGUUGAGGACACCAGCAGGCAAAAUCAAAAUUUUAGGUGCAACUUUGUGCAUUGUAGGGGCAUUAACAUCUGGGUUUUACAAAGGAAAAUCUUUUCAUAUUUUUCAUCAUAAUUUACAUCGCCAUGUAGACAUCAAGGCAUCAAAUUAUCAUUGGUUACGUGGGUCUUUCCUGCUCAUUGCAAGUUGCUUGUCCUAUGCUGCAUGGUACAUAUUGCAGGUAAAGUUGAUCAAGGAACUCCCACUAAAGUACUGGGCGACAAUGUUAACUUGCAUUAUUGCCGCCAUUCAAUCUGCAGUAAUAGGGCUAUGCUUAGACAGAAGUAAGGUUGCGUGGAAGUUAGGAUGGGAUUUACAGCUAGUAACUAUAUUAUACUCGGGAGCAUUGGGAACGGCUGCAACAUUUUGCUUGAUCUCUUGGGCAGUCGAAAAUCAAGGCCCUACUUAUCCUUCUAUGUUCAACCCGCUUACACUAAUUUUUGUGGCCAUUCUAGAAGCUCUCAUACUUGGUUCAGAGAUUAAUGUUGGCAACUUGGUGGGGAUGGUUUUGAUCGUUGUUGGUUUGUACUCCUUCUUAUUGGGAAAAAGGACAGAGAUGAAAAACUUGCAUCAACCAGAUGUGGAAGCCAUCACAUCAAUUACUAAAUUCCAAGACACAAGAAUACAAUUUACUACUGCUGAUAGUAUCACUAAUGUGGAAUUAAGUCUCAAUAAGAGCAUGGCAAAGCCCUAACGGCAUGGUAGAAAUACUUAUGUACUAGAAGUAAUCCUCAUCAAGAGAAGUGAAGAAUACGAAAGGAGGAGAAAGAGAGGAGAAAAAGAAAAGGAAAAAAAGAAAAUAUAAUAAAUUGUCUUCAUAAACUUACUAUUUGUAAUAAAUGAUUUCAAGACCUUUAAAUAUGUCUACUUUAUUGGAUCUAUUAUUCUCCUUUUAAUUGACUUUUCUAA